AUGAAGUAUGGGGAAGAAGAGCGCAAAGAAUUUGCUGAAUUCCAGCGGAGGAGAUCAACUCUCGUUGAGGCUUUCAUGAAAGAAGUCGUUCCCAACUUCAAUCCGACACCAGGAGCAAAAAGAGCAAUCUAUAUGGACACAGUGGUACUCCCAAAGAAACAAAAAGUAGACAACAAAGGCGACAAUGACCAGAGAAUUCCAGCUCCUGGUCCAGUACCAAGUCCUAAACCUGUGGAACAACCCCAGCCUCAGUCUAAGCCAACCACAUCCGCUACUUCUAACCCAAAGGAAAAGAAAACUUACAAGUCCAAGUCAGUCGUGUCUUCGGUAUCAUCAUCAUCCUCCUCAUCAUCAUCUUCAACUUCAAAUUCGGACUCGUCCUCAUCUACAAAGAAAUCAGAAAAUCCCAUCAAAGAUGUCCUUUCUAUCAAUGCCCCAGAAGAAGAAAGUUAUGAAGUUCAGGAAUCUAAUGAAAUACCUACAUAUUCACCGACUAACCAGAUGGAAGCUGACGACUAA